CGCCCCACCCACCGCCAGGCCACGCCCUAGCGUGUGACGUCAGCACGCCGCGUGCGUCGCGGCGCGGCGCUUGCUGGGGGCCCGGCUUUCGCCCGCUGCUGCCGCCGCCGCAGCCGCCGCCGGCCGCGGCUGCUCUCCCAAGAUGGCGGCUCCUCCGGGCGAGUACUUCAGCGUUGGGAGCCAGGUGUCGUGCCGGACGUGCCAGGAGCAGCGGCUGCAGGGCGAGGUGGUAGCCUUCGACUACCAGUCCAAAAUGCUGGCUUUAAAAUGUCCCUCUUCCAGUGGAAAGCCCAACCACGCAGACAUCUUGCUCAUAAACUUACAAUAUGUUUCAGAAGUGGAAAUAAUUAAUGACCGAACAGAAACCCCUCCUCCUCUAGCGUCACUCAAUGUUAGUAAGCUUGCCAGCAAAGCGAGGACGGAGAAGGAGGAGAAGCUGAGCCAGGCCUAUGCAAUCAGCGCUGGUGUCUCCCUGGAGGGCCAGCAGCUCUUCCAGACCAUUCACAAGACCAUUAAAGACUGUAAAUGGCAAGAAAAAAACAUCGUAGUCAUGGAAGAAGUUGUUAUUACACCCCCAUAUCAAGUGGAAAACUGUAAAGGCAAAGAGGGGAGUGCACUGAGCCAUGUACGCAAAAUAGUUGAAAAACAUUUUAGAGAUGUGGAAAGCCAAAAGAUACUGCAGCGUUCACAAGCCCAACAACCACAGAAGGAGGCUGCCCUGUCAUCCUGAGUCCACAAACUUGGAGGACUCUUCCAGCAUCCAGCCACUGAGAUGGUGGUGGUGGCUUCAGUGGAGGCAGGCCGGGGGAGGGAAGGGAUCCUAUAUUUUCUGCUGGCUCUUGCUAAAGGGUCAGCAUUUCCAAAAACCUAGACUUGAACAAACACCCAACAAAAAA